UAAACUCGAGUCUGGGUCUGACAAAUGCGGUCGGCGGGUGUAUGCUAUCCUAUGCUACGGUACGGUAUACGGUACAUACGUACCAGUAACAGUAACUGAACACCCUGGAAGGAACCGGCGGGGUAAACAAGGCGCGCAGCGGCGUGGCGAAUGGGUAGAUGGAAACAUCAUCCAUCAUCGGCACGGAGAAUGCGGAGACAGAGAGAGAGACAGACAGGCAGGGCAGUAGAGCAGAGCAGAGUCGUACAGUGCAACGCGAACACCCGUUCUCUUCUCCGCCAUCCCAUCACGCCACGCGCAGGGUCCCUGCACAUCCCGGAAAUAGAGCGCGUGCGCGAUAUGUAUGUAUGGAUGGAUGUCGGUGCGAUGUCGUCCCGUCGGCGUUCCCAGGCCGCAACCACCGAUAGCCACGGCUAUGGCUACGGCUACGGCUACGGGCUUCGCUGGAGAGCGCGGCCAUGCCCGCGCCUGUGUAACCCAGCCAACCUCGCAGAGGGAUCUUCGACGCCGUGCAACACCCACGAUUAUGCACCACGAGAUUCAGCGCAGGCAGCAGGUGCCGCGAAAGUCCAACGUGGCCGCGUAGCACCGACUGCUCACAUGUCUUAGACCCUUCCUCCUUGGGGGGCGGCUGGUGCUGCGAGGGAUACAUACAUACAUGGCUUGCUUGUAGAGCCAAAAGGCCGGGGGCGGGCGUCCGGCUGUGCGACGGCAUGGCAUGGCAUGGGCACCGCGCGAGGGCUAUUGGAUGCAAGGUCGUUUCGUCACUUGAAGGGAUUGGGGGCA